AAUGAAAAGAAGCUGUGUGUUUUUUGUGCGCCAGUCUGGCAACAGAAAAGUGUGCGAUUGUUGAAGUGGUUGAAGGAAAAAAAACAUUCCAGAAGUCGGCAACGGCGGACAGCUCGAAGAAGCUUGAAAGAAGUAAUUUUUGUGGCAGUAACGAUAAGGUCUGUUCGGGCAAAAAAACUUUGCUUCCAGAUUUCGUGCAUCCAUUUUUGGCCGAUACGCAAAGCAUCAUCAAAACGAUCGUAAUGCAAUCGCUCGGUUACGCCAUCCGAUUGGCAUCAUCAUAGGAAAGCGACUGAAGGGGCAGUAUCUCGGUGCGUGCAGCUGACGCGUUGGAACGUUACAAGCAGAAGAUGCACUAGAACAGUGGCUCCCACGAAAUAAGGGACACACGGAACACGGGACAAAGCGGUGACGAGGAAGGAAACGAAAAUAACGAAAGAUAACAACCACCACCGAACUGGGUCCCCGACAAUUUAGUCGCGAGUUCGUGGCAAAGCGCGUUUGUUGAUGCUGUUGCUUGCCACAAAAGCAGAGCUGCAAGUUUUGCCCCACCAUCAUCAUCGUCAUCAUCAUUCUGUCGAUCUUGUACGACCAGCUCCGGUUGCUGCACCCGGCCAUUCGUUCGAUUGUUCGUUCGCUCUGCAGGUUCGUUCAUCCGGUCGCUCAUAGAAGCUGAACGUUUGGUGGUGGAAGCAGGGGUGUUUUGGUGGAGGGAUGGUGGCAGGUGCCGUAGGUGGGGACCACCGAAGCACUAUUCGUUCGCCCGACCGGACGGACGCAUUCACGCACGGUUCAGUUAUGUUUCAGCGCUGUUGAGAGGCGGAAGCAAUGUACCGAUUCGGCCGGGAAGCAUCGUUUCAAGUAGUUGCAGUCGUCACUGGCAUUGGUGGCUUUUGACGUGUACGGGUAGCAUAUUGUGCACGAGCAGCAUACUUCUGUACGCAGUGCGAGCAAGUGGCUAAGUUUUCAUUCCCAUCGCGUCCCGUUUGUUGCUGGAAAUAGCCGAUCGGAAGCACCUUUGAUCCGGAUAAAGGCAUCCGAGGACGCACUCGUCCUACCAGAAAGAAGGAGAGACAGCGCUCCGUGAAGAAUACCGUUCCUGUAACGGAGAAUAAACCCUUCCUUGGAGGUUAAUCAACCUGGUCGCAUUUACGUGAAAGUUCACCUUACGCGGUUGGAAACUGCGCAACAACAUAACACCAUUUCGCUGCGAACAAACGAGAAAAGCGACCGAGAAAAACAGAGACGGAGAAGCAGUUCGUGAAGCUAGCGGCACUUUCAUCUUGUUUCCCACGUCUGGCGUCCGUGUCCGCACUUCCCGCGAGAUCGCGAAGAAAGAAAGCGCCGGCGCGUAAGCAAACAAACCAAGCUCGAGAGCAGAGCAUAAAGCAACGAUAAGAGAAAAAAAACUCCUAAAUCAGAAAGGCAAACGGGCAAAACGAUCACAAACGAUCUACAUUUGGGAUACUUUCUCUUUUUCCCUGGCCCAUCAUCAAACGGGCAGCUACACCGACGGACGGAUAUUGUUGUUUGUGGUCUGCAUCAUCUUCCGUACGGUGGUAGAUCGAUCGAUCGAGAGCAGCUUCUUUGUGCAGUGGAGGAAGGCAAAACUAAAGCAAAUCGAUGAGAUCCUCGAUCUUCGCGCGUUGUUGAUCGUGCUGUGAGAUUCCGUCUGUGUCACGCGUGCUUAAGUUCGAUGAAACUGUAGUGUUUGUUUGUUUGGUUGGUUGAUUUAAUUUUAUUUAUUAUCGCACAUCGUCCAGAAGUUUGUUUGGGAGUGUGUCGGCGAGUGUUUGUGAUCGUGUAUGUGUGUUCAUGACGGUGACUGUCCCUGCAAACGCGUGCCAUCGAUCGAUCUGUGUCAAUCUCGUUACGGUCUCACUUUUUGUGCGAUACACACCGGGCAGAAGCAGAACAGAGAUAUAGAAAAAGUUUGCUGUAAUGAUAGCAACAUUGGCACUGCUUGCUUAGCAACUGUUCAUUUCACCAACAACAGGGACUGGAACACUGUGUGAAACGACUUUCAUACGUACGUACGUAAAAUAUACAAUAAGAAGGUAACAAAUACACAAGAAAACCUCCACGAUGAGUGCGUUUAGUACGUUAGCAUUUUCCGCGGCAGAAAUCACCAACCUGCUACCGCUCACAGCAGUGAUCGUGUGCAUCGGUGCCACGAUCAUGUUCCUGAUCAAGGCCGCCGUGAUACUUCGAGUGCAGGCCGAUGACGUUUUAAGGCCAUCGAACGUAACGCAGCAGAACCACAACGUGCAUGUACCGCGCCUCAAAAUGACCCGUGUCCAUAUACCGUUCACAUUUCGGCUGCUCGACGCGGGAAACAACUCGUUUGACGAGGUACGCCUAGCGGUGUCCAGUCAGGUGAAGUACUCGCUGCAAGCGUUCUGGGGCGUUUCUAUCCGGGAGCUGCAUGUGUCGCUGUGGAGAACGUGGAACGAUCUGCGGGAGGCAUCGAAUUCGCAUAUCGUCGAUUCCAGCUACUGUCAGCAACUGGCAACUAACGUAAGAUGCUGUCAACCGCAUACGGAGCACAUCAUUGCCCUGCAGUCCCCGAAGCCACCCUUAAUUUUGGGCGCUCCACCCAGACUAGCCUACCCAUUGGUGGUGUUUAUGAUACGUGAAACUGGACCGGAAGAGCUACUGCAUCCGGAUGAAACAGUAAUACUGGUUAAUGUCGUUCAUCUGCGGGAUCCGGUCUGUCCACUGCCGACGUCAAUUUUGGCCCAGUACUUGAAGCAGGCGAGCGGUCAACUAUCUUGCUUGAAGCAACUCUAUCUGGCCACCGGUGAUCCCAUGAUGGCAGACGAAACAACGGCCACUAAUACGGGCAGUAAUGGUGGAUUGAACAACGCUGGAAACGGUAGUGGAACUGGCCCCGCAGGAACAACCCUUCCUACGGGCACGUUAUCCCUCGCGGAACCGGUAGCCUGUGCUGGCAAUAAUGAGCCACUGCUCUGUUCGGAUUCGACCCCACGAGACUGCCCGGUCGGGGAGCAGCUGUGCGUUGUGUGCCAUUACUUUCCACUUUCCCGAGCGUUACUACCGUGCCGACACACGUGCAUCUGCGCAGUUUGCUUCUCCAAACUGGACCGGUGUCCCAUGUGUCGGGCCACGAUAACGAGUUACUUCUGCAUACGAACCGAGGAAUAUUUACCGGCCAAUACGACAAACGAGCUUAAGGUCAACAGCAAACCGAAGGGAACCGUUCACUGGCUGGACGCGCUCAACGAUCGGCUAACCGAUUUUCUCGGCUUUCGGUGAAGCCCGCUGUAGGAGGAGGAGGCACGACGCGUUGUGAAGGAUUGGGAUGAUACAUUAGUAUUAGAGCGUACCGGGCGUAUCUUUAAUCCGUCGAUGGUUCCACGAUACAUUUCGUCCGGCUCCAGUGUCUUCCGGUGUAAGACAGGAGGGUCAAACGAAGUGACACACCAUGUGUUUUUGAAGAGGGAAUACGUUGAGAUGAAGCAAGUUUCGCAGAUGAGUGAAAAUGUGAAAAAUGUAUUUAGUAUUAAUUUACGCGUGUCGUUGGCAACAGUUUCGCAUUUCUGACCCCAUCGAAGGUCAGGAUAGUUAGGAGAGUCAGAGAUCGUUAAAGCUGAUAAAGAAAUCGUUGAUGGUAAGAGCAGGAACACGGAAAUUCGCGUAAAGCAUGUUUCUAUCGUUCGUUCGUUCGAUGUAAUGUGGAAAAAUAGGGGGUUAGGGAAUGUGUAAAUCACCAACUAUGAUGAUCGUUUCAAAUUGGUCCGUUUUAUUUGAAAGUGUUUAUGUUUUUUUGCAAGCGAUCUGUCUCUCGACCCGUUUUCGGUAAGGUUUAUUUCUUUAGCUGUGAUUUUUAAAAACGGAAACGUAAGUGAUGUGUGUUAGCAAAAGAAACAGAAAGAAUCGAAAAUCUUUAUCUACGGAUGACUGAUUUGUGUUUUAAAUAAAGAUGUAUUAACGCUGUG